UGUCCAACCAAGAAGAGACAGAUACCAGAGUAGUUUUGUACAUGCACUACGCAUCAACGAUUGGCUACCAGUCAGCUAUUGUGCGUACACCCGACUCUGACUUAUUCUUCAUUACCUUGUUCCAUGCACAGUCUGUACCACUGACAGUUUAUCUCGACGUUGGUACAGGAAAACAGAGACAGGUGGUGAAUAUUAGUGAGCUGGCAGACUCACAAGGUGCUGAAUACAGUGAGACUCUACUAGGACUGCAUGUGUUCACCGGUGAAGAUGUCACAAGUGCAUUUAAGGGCAAGGGAAAGGUCACACCGCUCAGAAAGCUGCAGAGUAAUCCUAAAAUACCACAAAACAUUCAGGAUGCUGGGUGAUACUUGGACAGUUGAAGAAGAUGUUAUGCAGAUGUUAGAAGCGUUUGUCUGUGUGAUGUAUGGGUGUCCAAGGGAGAGGUCUGUGAACACAUGUAGGGCAGUUCUUUUGAAGAAAAUGGUAGGAGACGACGAACAGCUGACCAUGAAGUCAAAGGUGGAAUUAUCCAAACUGCCACCUUGCCAGGAUAAUUUAUGCCAACACAUCAGAAGAGUCAACCAUCGUCUCGGCAUCUUGAAAAAUGCUCAUACACCAGUGAUAGAACAUCCGGAACCACAUGAUGAAGGGCAAGGGUGGACCAAAAAGAACGAAGUGUUAGAACCAUUGUGGGCUGAGGGUCCCAUUCUUCCACCAACGUUAGUUGACCUAGUCGAAAAUGUUCAAGCAGAGAUGGAAGAAGAAGAUGAUGAUGGUUGUCUAGAAAUUUCAGUGUCAGAUGAUGAUGAGUGACAUUCAGUAACCGUAAACUUUUGUGGGAGAUUAGUUAUGUAGUGAGAUGAUUGGUGAUAGUUAUACUUCCAAUUGAGUUGAUUGUGUUUUUAUAAAUCUGUGGAUUUGUAUUUAUUGUCUGUCUUUUCAGACGAAUGAAUAUAGCUGUCAUAAUCAGAAUGUAUGGCACGUUAAUGAAUUCUUUGUUUCUACUCAGUGUAUUUGUAAGAUAUUGUGUUAUGCUGAGUCAACAUCUUACUGAUAUUAAUUACUAUAGUUAUAAUCCGAACGUUUCAGAAAUAGAUUUUGAUCCCCAUGAAUGUAAUUAUAUAAUGCAACUGAGGGUAUUUUCUAUUAUUUUUUUACAAUGUGUCAACAUUACAUUUAAUUAUUAAAAAGUUCACGUAAAUUGAUAAGUUCCUAAAUCCUCACAAAACGAAAUGAGGAAAAUGUAGUUUGUAUAAUAUCCCUCGCACUAUUAAUACUAAAGUAUACAAACAUGUUAACUAAUGGUCAAAAGCAUCAUUGUGAAUUGUUCGAGAAUAACUGUGUAUCUAUGUAUUUAUUUCAUUGGUGAUUAUUGCCCCACCCACUUUUAGAGAUGGGCAUUGUGAACAGUUAAAUGUGACAUAUUCUGUUGUUUUAAGAAUGUCUUAAGAAUGUCUUUUCUUCAUUUUAUUGUUGUAUGUUCACAUUGGACGAUAUAUGGAAGAACAUUUUGAGAGUUACGGUAAAUUAAGAAAUAAGUCGUUCCCGCGAUUAAGAGACAUUUACCAUAAAAAUGUGUUUUUGCCAAUUUUGCUGCAAAACGUUAACCUUAA